AUGACGAAUGUACGUAAAAGUGAUGAAUAUGAUGGAUCUGGCAAACUCGAACUUAGUUUAUAUGCACAUAGCCAUCAAUAUAUUCCUUAUGUUGGAGAAGGAAUGGUAGCGAUGGUACAUGAUAAUAGACGAUUUCCUAUGAUUGAGUUUGCUGGUAGAGCAUUAGUUACCGGCUUUAAACAUCGAAUGACAUUUUCAAAGAAAAGUAUUUUCUAUUUGAGCGCACCGUAUUCAACAUGUCAUGAUGAAAUACCAUUGAUUAUGCAAACAAUGCUUGAUACUUAUCCUAAUGCGGAAUAUAGUUAUUCAGAAGAUUUAUGUGCCGAAGUUUACACGCAUGGCAUAUGCGGCUGCAUCGAUCCAAAACAAUGGAGUGCUCGUUCAAUUGUUUUACCACGGAAUAAAACAAUAAUUGUAGCUCAAUUAUGUAAUCUAUCUGAUACAUGCUAUUCGAACGCAUCCAUCACUCUAAACAAUUGA